GCCGAGAUUUCCACCCGAGGCUAUGGAGCUCGUCAUGUCACCAUCUCGGCUGUAUGUUGGCUCGUCAAUCACUCAGGUCUUCCUCUGGUUUUCGCUGCCCAAGCUCCUUCAUCUCUCGCCUGUACAGCUGAAUGGCGGGCGCCCAAUUCGUCCGAACAUCGCGCCCUCGCAGCUGGUCAAUCCGAAGAACAGGAAUUCGCGCGACUCGCAUCACCCCUUCUUUUCUCACCUAUUAAUGACUUUGGCCUUGGAGGUACCGUCGCUCCUACUGGCUCUUCUCAUGGCAGUUCAAGUAACAGUAGUAGUGGCGGUACUUCUGGAGGAACUCAUUCUAAUUCCUCAUGGAGCCUUCAAGUUCGUCUUGGGGCUAUGUAUGAACCCUCUGAUGCUGGUUCUGGUUGGAUACCAAGAUGGAGUUCUCCUGUGUCCUUAGAUAAGAGCGAUGGUGAAUUAAUGCUUCGAUUGAAAGCUGGUCAUGCAUCUACAUCAUCUCGACCCGACCUCCUUUAUUCUGUCGGUGUUGAAGUUCGAAAAGGAGCCGGCUUGCAUGCGACCACAACCAUCGUCACCUUUGUACCAAGAUUCUUAAUUAGCAAUCAAACAGAUUUUCAACUUCAAUAUGCUCAGAGGUUCUGUCUCGAUUUGAAAAAUUAUAAGCCCAUGGACGUUUAUCCUCAAUGCAAUGUACCCUUUCACUGGCCAAGGCAGGAUCUUGAUCAAUUACUCUGUUUCCGAACAUUGAUUCCUAGUGAACCCUCUCCACUCGAAUCACCUAAUAUUCCUCUUGUGACAACUAACUGGUCUGGUGGAGUACAGAUCGAUAAACCGAGGUCUUAUCAUCUUAUGUUAAGACUUCCUUCGGGUUCUCAAGCUGGGUCAUCUCCUUCUGAGCCUCUUUUUCUUCGAGUUGACGUUGUACUUAGAGGCGGUACCCUCUUCGUGAUCAUCAGUAAUACUACUCACUUGCCCCCUCCCUACCGCAUCGAAAAUCGAUCACCUGUGGCCCUUUACUAUCAACAGGCUGUUGUUGGUUCUGAUUCAGGCUAUUCUUACAAUAGUUCGGAUGUCCAUCCAGAGACUGGCAUUGCUACUCAAGGAACUAAUGGACGCUGGAAUAAAAGUAUUCUCCUGAAUCGUCUUCCUCCAAGAUCGAUCGUUAGUUACGCGCCAGAAGAACCUCUUUUACCACCACGUCUUUCAGUUGGAAUUGCUGGGGAAUUAAGUAAUGUGUAUGAUCUCUCAAAACCUGGUAUAGGGUCUCGAUUAGUUUACACUAACUGUAUAUACAUUAGUGUCUGUGGAGUAGCCGGAGAUAACGACCCUAAUGUUAAACCAUCAGACCCCCUCGAUAUAAGCUACGAUUCCGGAACAUUCGAAUUCCCUGUGCUGGAUGUAAUCACUGAACCAUCACGUCAUGUUGUUUUAAGGCGAAAACGUCCUGGUGAACGAUCUCAACUUUGGUAUAAAUCCUCUCAAGGCUUCCUUGUCCAUGAAGGUUCCGUAGCUCCUCAGACUCCAAGCUCUAUGCCGCAUCGUGGAAGAGUACUUUCCACAAGAAGUAGUUGGGUACUUGAUAUAGACACUUCGGAAUCGACCUUAACAGAAGCGCUGAAUAGAUGUGGACUGGAUUCACGCAAAACUCUAGAAAACUUUGAAGUCGGUAUUCUUUGUCUAGCUCGACUCUCAACUCGACGCAAAAAUACUCAAACAUGGAACUUCAAUAGAGGGUUUCUAAAUAAUGCUGCGUCAUUUUGCGUUCAAGCUGAACGUUUCAGGCGUGGAACAAGGAUUCAUUCAUCAGACGCUGUGUUUGUUGCUCGUCCAAGGAUUCGUGCCGUUAAUCGUGGUGAUGCUGGGGUUCAAAGUUUCACCAAUAUUAGUCUUGGUCCGGCUAGAGUUUUCCACUCAUGGUUACGUCCUGGCCCCGGGUCUCUACAAGUUGAAAUAAUCACCGAAGGUCCAGUUCGAGUUCUGAGAAUAUCAGAUCCACAGGAACCACCCAAUAAAAUCACCCCUGUUGUGUCAAAACGUUCCCCUGGGUUGUUUAUGCCUCCAACCUCCAUGAAUUUUCUGCUUGAUCUCCCUUAUGGAUUCGGAGUUUCUAUAAUAUCUGCUCGAAGUGAAGAACUUUGCUAUACCAGUUUCCAAGCUAUACGUUUUGCCGUGAAACGUUUUUAUCCUGGAGUUGGUGGUCAGAAAUUGAGUACUGCUUCCAGUACAACAAUCGAUAUUGGCCAAGAGGUCACAGGGGAUGAAGAAUUCGUUGAUAAAGAUGACGAUGAUGACGUGGUUUUCGUAGACUAUCUCACUAAAUUUUCACGAGUAACCUCUAUCGAAGAUGAUUCAUUGGCACCUUAUGUCACAGCUGGCCGACCUGUAGAGCAAAUUCGACUGUUUCUGGGAAGGGUUCAAAUUGAUAAUCAAAUUGUUGGAUCUAGUCUUCCGGUUCUGCUUUUCCGUUCCGUCCCGACGAAUUCCGCUAGUGGAGUGAUUGAAGGAAGAUCACUUCGUGCUUCCGAUGGAAGUGAUUGGGUUCCAGGAAGAGAGCUGGAGAGACUUUUCUACCGUGCUGGAGGAGAUUCAAAAGCCAGUACUCUAUCUACUUCUGAGCAGUCGGUAUUCAUGAACCAUCCGAGUCUUGUGAUGCAAUCUUUGAGGCUCCUGCAUACUGGAUGGAAAGCGGAGAUAUUUCCUUCGUUAGAGUUGCGAGUAAAUCGUAUGGUAAUCCAAGCCGAGGAACGAUUGCUUUUGAAGCUGAUUCAAUUCAGUCGACAUUUCCGAGGUUCCGAUCCAAAUCCUCCCAUUUUAUCCACUGAGGAUGCUAAGUCAAUCGAUUUCCUGGAUCAAACAAUCCUAGAAGCGGAGGGUAGUUACUCUAGGCAGAUUCUUCCACCGUCCAUUUCAUCACGUCACUUCUUGUACUUUGAUAGGCUGCGAGUUCUGUUUGCUCCCAUUCGAGUGACUGUACAUACUGCUGAGGGACGUCUUGGACCUGAAUUCUACGACGUUCAACGGCUUCUACCCAAACUCAUGUCUUUCACUGAUGCUGAUCUACGUCUUGGUGAGUUUGAACGCGGACACUGCCUAGAAUCUGUUGGUUUCUUAACAGAACAGCUUCUACUUCACUUUGAGACAAAGCUGCGAGCACAAGCACUCAAAAUCUUCGGUUCUGUAGAUGCGCUAGGCAAUCCUCUGGGCCUUAUGUCUGAUCUAUCUUCAGGUAUAUCCGAUCUCGCUGAUAUGGACUUCUCUGGCAUGGUUAGAAAUGUUGCUCACGGAGUUGGCGAUUCUACUGCAAAGGUUGUAGGAAGUAUGUCUCAAUUAGUUCAUACUCUCUCUAUGGAUGAACGUCAUCAACGACGUCGAAUGGCUAUUAUGUCCUCUCCAAAUCAAGGUGCAGGAUCCGUCGGCCAUCUUGCUUCAUCGUCAAACUUUAAUUCCUCCAACAGUGCUUUAUAUGGCAAUGAACAGGCUGAAGAGAGGCUAGAUGAGUUUGAAUUGACAGCAGCGUCAUCUGAGACUAGACGUCCAAUUCAAGGAGCUUCUUUCGCUGCAGAAAGAAUUGUUGAUGGAGGAGGAAUGUCUGCACCUCUGAAAGCUGGAUUAAGGGGAUUUGUCCACGGAAUGGUCGGUGGAGUUACCUCUAUAGUAACUCAACCUAUCCAUGGAGUUUGUGAAGAAGAUAGUUUCAAGGGAUUCGUUUAUGGAGUUGGAAGGGGUCUGUUAGGUACGGUAACCAAACCAGUUGGUGGGGUUCUUGACCUCGUCUCCGGGGCAAUGACUUCACUUCGAGAAGCCGCUCGACCAUCUUCCAGCGGCCGCCCGCUUAGAAUGCGUCCAAGAAGAGCUCUGGCGACUCCUCUACGCUCUUACUCACUUGCCGAAGCUGUUGGACAAUUGUUAUUGCGUCGCGUUAUUGCAACCCACUCUCAGAGCACCUCAUUUAAGAACCAAUCCUCAAAUGCUGUAGUCUCAAUAGAAGAUCUCAAUGAACCCUCUGAAGAAUUCUCUAUUAGUCGAUUGCUCAAAGCCUCAUCCCAACAGUUUGAAAAUAACAGAUCCGAAGUUGUGAUCCGUGUAUGCAAAUGUCAAUCUGCUGGUGUUAGUGUUAUUAUCACUAAUCGGGCUAUCUGGUGCUUACGGAAUUUUAAUCUAUCGGGUGUCAGACAUGUAGCAAACCAAUUCUUUGGAAACGAUAACCGAGACGCCACAAGUGUUAUGUUCGUAAUACCCUACUACUACCUUAAUGCAGUUUGCUUUUCUGAUCGUGGACCGGCCACACAUGGAGCAUCUCAGAGUUUUUCAGUUUCAACAGUCGAGGUUUCCAAACCAGAAAACUCCUAUUACCUUGAAUUUCAGAUGGAAAAUGGAAGAAGGAACUUGCGAUUUGAUAGAGUCUCUUGGGCACAAGAAGUGAUUUCAGAAUUAGCUGAGGCCCACCUCCGAUUUGUACAGAACGCCAUGGUGCUACGACGGGACAAACCAAUCGACAUGAUACUAAGAAAUCAUCCCCUUGCUUUGUCUUUCGCCCCCUCAAUGAAUGCCUCUCCAGAGCCAAACCAAACAACUGAAGAGAACUAA